AUCGAAAAAAAUUGUGAAAAAAAUUAUAAAAAAAAUAAAUUAGAAAUUUCUAACGAAAUUUUCUCGCAAGUAAACAUUGAUUGGUUCUAACCUUUCGUGGUUUAUCGUCAGCAGCAGCAGCAGCAGCAGCGAAAGCAAAAGCAGCAACAAUACAGACGAAAGGAGGCGGAGGAGGAGUAAGUGGGCGUGGCAGGGACGUGUGGGCAUUGUCUUGAAGUGCAGAUCCCUUUCUGCUUGGAGAUGCGAAGCACGUCCUUUGACAACUGGGGAUAAGAAGACCUGAUCCCAGAAUCCUUUUCCAAAAAGAGAAACGCUGAAACCAUGAGUGAACCCAUGGAAAUAGACACCAGCGAUGACGAACCGUCAAAGAACGAAGAAGAUGACAAGUUUGGCGAAGUCCUGGCAUCGAAUUCGGGUGAAUCCGAUCCUUCCGCCGAUCAGGUUCCCGAAAGUAAAGUAUUACUUGCUAUGGAACCCAAACAUGAACCACCACCAAAAUUGGAUCCUGAUACAGGACCUAGUUUAGAAGUAGAAGCGGAUCUACAAAUAGAACAGGGAUUAGAUUUAAUACUACAAAUAGAAGAAGAACCAGGAGACAAUGCGGAAUCUGGCCCUGAAAAGAUAGUACCAGAAUCAGAACUGCAACUGGGAUCGAAUCCUGUAAAGGAAUCUGUGCCAGGUCUACAACGAGAAUUAGUGCCUUUACUGCCAACAGAUUUCAAAUCACAGCUAGUACCUGAUUGUGAAUCAGAAGCCGCCCAACUAUUAAGAGAAUUUUUGACCAAUUUCACCCCUGUCCUAGAAUCCGAAACAGACUUUGUUCCCGAAUCACAAGAAUUGCAAACCCAACCAGUUUCAAAACUGGAAUUGGGAUUUGAUUUAGUAACAGAAUCUGAGCCAGGUCUCAAACAGGAAUUGGAACUGGAAUUACGUCCACUAUCGGAAUCUGAUGUGGGCUUAAAACUAGAUAUUGUGCCUUUACUAGAAAUAGAAUUUAAGUCACCGCCGUUACCUGAAUUUGAACCAGAGUCUUCCAGCUUUUUAAUAGGAUCUGGACAUGAUUUUAAGCCCGGACCAGAAUCUGCACUAGAUUCCCAGCCGUUAAUAGAAUUAAUAGAAUUUGGACCAGAAUGGCAGCCUUCACUAGAUUUUGCACCGGAAUCUCAAUCUCAACUACCAGGAUCAGCACCUGAAUCUGUAGUGGAAUUUCUACCAUUCCUAGAAUCUGGACUGGAAUCGCUACUAUUAUCAGGACCUGGAGUGGAAUCUAUACCAUUACCAGAAUCUGGAGUGGAAUAUCUAACAUUACCAGAAUCUGGACCGGAAACUCUAGAACUACCAGAAUUUGGACCAGAGCCACAGUCACUACAGGAAUCCUUACAGCAAUCUGAGAAAGAAUUUCAGCCUUUACCGGAAUCGGUGAGGGGCUUCCAAUCCCUACCAGAAUCUGAAUCAGAGUCCCUACAAAUACUAAAAUCUGGUGCAGAACUACUAUUUCCUGAAAUCGAACUGGAAACUCUACAAUUACCAAAAUCUAUGCCUGAAUUGCAGUCAUUACAGGAAUCUGAAAACAUUUUCCAGCCUUUAGGAGAAUCUAAAAAGGACCUACAAACUUUACAAGAACAUAAAAGGUUCUUUUCACCUCUACCAGACCCUGAAAUCUGCUUCCAAUCUUUAGCAGAAUCGAGAUCGGAAACUUUACAAUUACCAGAAUUUGGACCGGAAUUACAAUCGCUACAAGAAUACAGAAGGGACUUUGGGCCUUCACAAGAAUUUGAAAAGCACUUCCAGCCAUUCUGCGAAUCUAGAAAGAACUUUCAACCUUUACCAGAAUCUGAAGGGUACUUCCAAUAUUUACCAGAGCCUGGACCGCAAACGGAGUCAAUACAAGUAUCUGGAAAGGACAUCCAGCUAAUGCGAGAAUCCGAAAAGGACUUCCAACCAAUACUACAAUCUGGAAGGUUCUUCCAUUCUUCAGCAGAAUUUGGGCAGGAAACCCUACAAUUACCAGAAUCUAGACCGGUAUUACAGCCAUUGCAAGAACCUGGAAGGUACUUAACUCCUUUACUGGAAUCUGCAGAGGAAUCACGGCCAAUUCAAAAAUCUGAAAAGGGUUUCCAGCCUUUACGAGAACCUGGAAAGGACUUCCAACCUUUACCAGAAUCUUCAGGGUACUUCCCACCUUUACCGGAAUCUGUAGCGGGAUCUCUGCCAUUAACACCAGAAUCUGCAACCGAAUCCCAACCAGGAUCACAAUGUGAACCGGUAAAACAGGCAUUGCCAGAACCUAAGGCGGAAUCCCCGCCAUUACCAGAAUCUGGAGCCGAUUCCCAACCUUCAUCAGAAUCUGGAGUGGAAUUUGUAUCAUUACCAGAAUCUAGAAAGGAGUUCCAACCAAUACCAAAAUCUAUAGUGGAACCUCUUUUAUUACCAGAACCUAGGAUUUAUUCCCAACCUUUACCAGAAUUUGGACCCGAAUUCCAAUCUUUACCAGCAUCUAUAAGGAAAUCUCUAUCAUUGCCAGAAUCUAGAGCCGAUUCCCCAGAUUUACCAGAAUCUAGAAAGGACUUCCAACCUUUAACAGAAUCUGGCGAGGACUUCCAAACCCUAAUAGAAUCCGAAAAGCUUUCCCAACUUUUGCCGGCAUUUGUAGCGGAAUAUUUACCAUUCCCGGAAUCUGGAAAGGUUUCCCAAACAUUUCCAAUAUCCGAAGUGUUAUCACAGGAUGUACCAGAAUCUGCAACAGAGUCACGACCAAGACUUGAGCAUAAAUCCAGAUCGGUCGGCAGUGCGAAGAAGGCGUCGCCAAAGGUGGAGAAGGCCUCCGUGGAGACACAGAUGUCGCCGGAUGCGCCAAUCUUCUAUCCGAAGAGCAGCCUGCUGGCUCGCAAGCGACAGGAGCGAAGUUCCGGCCGUUUUCCCCAUGCCCGUGGGUCCUUUGCCUUCGGCUUGAGGAACGGAACCGGUCCGUACAUCGGUCCAGGAAGUGAUAUUCCGCGGAGCUACUUUUUCCGCGAUCCCACCAGCGGAGAGCGCAACAACAACAGCUUCGGCUUGGGAAUGAGCACGGAACGACGGGAAUCGAGUGGAUCAACGGUGCAGCAGGAGACGCCACUGGCCUGGGUUCCCUGCUCGUAUGGAAGACCUCGCAUCCGACCGGAGGUCCUGGAGGAGAUGCAGACCUCGGCUUCCUCGGAUCGCUCGGCCACCGCCACAAACAACCGUAAUUUGCAAUCGGACACUACUAAUACAAACACAACGGGCACUACAACCACAGAUUCGGAGACCGGGAAUUCCAACGAAUGUCCUUCCUACGAGGCCUUUGUCGCCCAAAUGGAGGCGAUGGGCAUGGCGCACGACGAGUUCUUGGGAACGCUAAGGAACCUGCUGAUCCGUGCCAACGAUCUGAUCGCACCCCUGUUCCAUGGGAACCUGCGAAACAUGACGCCCACACAGAUGGCUGCCUACACCACGGCGAUCCUGGACACGCCCCCAUUGCAUCCGAGUCUCUUCCUGCCGGCGGGUUAUCCGCGUGCCUGGGCAGACGCCAAUGGUCUCAGUUUGCCCUUCGAUGUCCAUCCGAACAGCUUGACGCCCGAGGAUCUGGCCCGCGCCCAGGCGGCGUCCAAAAUGGUGGAUGCCAGCACCCAGACGGAUUGGCGCUGCAUGCUCAUCCCGCCGGGAGGAUCCGUUCCGCCCCAGGCACCGGCGGCCUAUUACUCUCGACCAGCAAUGUUUGACGUGUCGCACAAUGGUUCCCGGAUGCCGUCGCCCGGAGGAGUGCACGUGGGCCAAGUGAUGCCACCUCAGGCUUAUCCACAGGGAUCGUCACACGUGUCGCCGCAGAGUGGACCGCCACCACAGGCGCAAUUCGGUUUCUGGGGCAGACCCGUGGCUGUGCCGAUGCGUCCACACCAGGUUGCGCAUCCACAACAGCAUCGCAUGCACCAGCAACAUCCGCGUGCGCACGCCGCCUUCCAGCAUCAGCAGACCCAUCCGCAGGCUCAUCAGCAGCCCCAUCAUCCACGAGCUCAUUCCCAAGUGCAUCCGCAAGCUCAUCCACAGGCUUAUCGGCAGGCCCAUCAGCACCAGCAUGCGCACCAGCAAACUCAUCCACAAGUUCAUCAACAGGCUCAUCCGCAAGCUCAUCCGCAGCAUGUUCACCACCAAGCUCAUCCGCAGGCUCAUCAACAGGCCCAUCCGCAGUCACAUCACCGAGCCUAUCCGCACCCACAUCCGCAUCCGCAUCAGCAAGCUUAUCCGCAUCAUAAGCCCGGGUUGCAGCAGAAUCCACCGAUGGCAGCGGCUCCACAGCCACGCAAGUUGGGCGGAACACUGCGUUUCCCGGAAUCGGGACGCUAUGGCCAACGGUCGAGCAGUCCGGAUGACAUCGAGUGUCCAUUUGGGGCAAUCGGCAGUGGACGACCCAGUGAGCGGAAUUCCCAGAACUCGGAGAAUCAGGGGAAAAGCUUUGCAUUCGCCGGGCCAAGUGGAAGUCGGCAAAUGGGUGCCAGUACAUCAGCACAUUUGGCCGCACAAAAUGAAUUGGAAUUGCAGUUGAGACUGAAUCUGGAUCAGCUGAGCGAUGAGAUCAACACGCGAGGAUCGAGUGCCGCCAGAAGGAACUACUCGUCGCGCACCGAGAAUUCGGUUAGCGAGAACUCCAGUUUUCGGAUGAGAAACGAACUGAUGCAAUCGGAGCAGCAGGGAAGCGAGGAGUCCAGUUACAGCGACGAGGAGGAGGACGACUCCGAGGAGGAUGAAUUCGAUGAGGAGGACUACGACGUGGGUAAGGAUGAUGAUGAGGAGGAGAACGAGGAGGAGCAGGAUGCCGAUGCCGAUGCCGAGGACGUGGGAACGGAGGAGUGCGCCGGGGAGGAGGAUAAUCAGCUGGGCACCACGGAUUCCCGUCCAUUUUGCUUCGGCGAGGUGGAGUUCUUCAACUACAUCAUGUCGGGAACUCCCGCGAUGAAUACUCCUUCCCAGCCGAGUGGUGCCGCUGCCUGCAUGGAGCAGGGGUUGCCAACCACCCCUCGUGAAAACGUGCCCACUGCCCAGGUGCAACCGAAUGUGAUGCCAAGUCAUUUUCAGGGUUUUCUCAACAACAGGGAGCAAAAGCAACAGCAACAGCAAUCGCAGGGAAUCUCACAGGGAAAUGGUGUUGGAUUCUCACAGAGUGGAGUACCCAUUGGGGUUCCAGCGGGGGAGGCACAGCAGUUCAAGGAACCAUCAUCGAUAUCGCGGGAGCAACAGCAGUUCAACAACAAGCCCUUCAACUUGGCGCAGUUGAUCAAGCAGCAGCAGCAGCAACGGCAGCAACUGCAGCAGCAACAACAGCAGCAUCAGCAACUACAGCAAUUUCAGCAGAAGCAACAACAGCAAUUGCAGCAGGAGCAACAGCAGCAGCAACUCCAACAGCAACAACAGCAGAUGAGAUCCACCAACCAGGAAUACAAUCCUGCGGCAAUAAGCCAAGAGUCGGCUGGCAGUAAUGCCAACGUCUAUGCGAGACCUCCUGGAAGUCCGGCACCCCAGCCGCAUCCCAGUGCUCCUGCUCCUGCUGCUGUGCACCAAACACGACGGGAACGCCCGAUGGCUCCAGUAAUCUUCGAAGUGGGCGGCAAUCGCAGUCACCAGAACGCCUCGCCCAUGAUGAUGCAGAGUGUGAAUGCCGAGGGACACGGAGGUGUCCGUGGAAACGGUCAGGGUCCAAGCACAAGUCGGGGUCACCAACCGCAGCAGCAGCAGCAGGCAGUGUCUGUCAACGGCAACGUGCCACAGAAUUUGGUGCAGAUGCGAGGUUCUCCAGUGAGUCACAUGAACCAAACCAACCAAAUGAAAAAUGUUAACCAAGUAAACCAAGUGAAUCAAAUGAACCAACUAAACCAAGUGAAUCAGGUGAAUCAAAUGAACCAAUUGAAUCAAAUGAACCAAUUGAAUCAAAUGAACCAAAUGAAUCAAAUGAAUCAAAUAAACCAAAUGAACCAAAUGAAUCAAAUGAACCAAAUGAAUAAAAUGAACCAAGUGAAUCACUUGAAUAGAGGAGUGGGCGUGGAACUGCUACCUGUGCCCGUACAGAUGAGUGGCCCAAAUCGAUUGGAACAGUCCAACUUGCAGCAGGCUAAAAUACAGCAGGCUAGCAUGCAGCAAGCCAACAUGCAGCAGACUACCAUGCAGCAGACUACCAUGCAACAGGGAAAUAUGCAUCAAGGAAUGCAACAGGGUAUGCAACAAGGUAUGCAACAAAGAAUUGAACAAAGAAUGCAACAAGGAAUGCAACCGGGAAUGCAACUGGGAAUGCAACCUGGGAUGCAAAAGGGUAUGCAACAAGGAUUGUCACAGGGAUUGCCACAGGGAUUGCCACAAGGAUUGCCACAAGUAAAACAGCAGAGUAUCCUCCCGCAAGGUAUCUCACAAGGUAAACCACAGGGUAUUUCCCAGGGUAUGCAACCAGGAGUACAACCAGGAGUGCAACAAGGAGUGCAGCAAGGAGUACAACAAGGAUUACAAGGAGUUCACCAAGGAGUGCAGCAAGGAGUGCAACAGGGAGUUCAACCUGGAAUGCAACCAAGUAUGCAACAGGCAAUGCAACAGAGGAUGCAGAAAGCUUUGACACAGAGAAUCCAACACAGCAUCUUACAGGGAAUGAAACAGCAAGGAAUGCAACAGGGAUUACCACAAGGAGUCCAACAAGGAAUACCACAGGCAAUGCAACCAAACGUGACACAGGGAAUACAGCAGGAGAUGCAACCAAACAUGCCACAACCCCAAAUGCAGCAGGUCUCUCGGAUGAGUCCUCGCCCAAAUCCAACUGCGACGACCAACAACUACCACUUGAAUGGCCACAAUCCGGAGGUGAUUGGCAUGCAAGCCGUGGAUGGUGGAGCAGGAGGAGUGGUCAGUAGACCCAUUCCCGCUGAGAUAAUGCAACAAGCGGUGGUCGCACCAGGACUCGACUCUCGCCAGGAUUUCCCAGCGAAUCUGGGCAAGAAGAAACGCGGCAACACGCCACGCAACCGGGAAUCUCCGAGGAACACGACCAACCAACCAAGCCAGGGUAAAGUCAUUCCCAACCAGGAGGCAAAUUCUUCCACCCAGCAGAAACCAAUCCAACCAUCUUACGCCUCAUUGCUUCACAAAUGAGGAAGGUGGUCAUAGUUUAGUUGUUAAAUUUAAUGUUAACUUUAUAAGACGGACGGAUCUAAAAGAUCUGCCCAUUUUUGGUUACCAAUUUCUAAAUUUUAUCCACUUUGCUACUACAACUUUUUUUCUUGUAAAUAAAACACAAGCA